AUGGUGUAUAUAGUCGACGAAGACCUAUGCUAUUUCGGCGGUGAACUGAAAUAUUUGGAUUGGAUUGAUCCAGAUUGUUUAUCUUUGAUGGAGCUGGAUGGAUAUCUUGUAGAUUUCAGUUAUAUUGAAAGUGUCAGAUUGAUGGAGGAAUAUAGGACAAUUCAUGGUUGGACAUAUUAUUGGAGAAUUCCAGGAGAGCAGCUAAAGGAAGGGUUACAUGAACUGACUUGUGACAAGGACAUUCUAGAUAUGGCUACCAAGGUUAUUCAAGAUACCAAGUUUGUGGAGUUGUACCUAAUCAAUAAAGAAGAACUGGGUAAAGCUAGACUAGAAGCAGAUGGAGAAGAAAAUGACAGAGAAAGUGACCAAGACAUUCUGCAGAUCAACAUGACCAAUGAAAGAGAAGGUUGCAGAAUGGGAACAAGUGAGAAUGAUCAGGGACCAAGUUUAUAUGAUAAGGAUGAAUCAAAUUUGAUUCAUGUUGAUGGUAGGCUGUAUAAUGAAAGCAGGGAGACUGAUAUGAAUUGGCAGAUUAAUGUUUGGGAGGCUGGCAGAGAAGGUGACACCAGGAAAUCAAAUGAGAUUCAUGUUGAUGGCAGGCUAUAUAGUGAUCAGGAACCAAGUUUGAAUGAUAAUGAUGAAUGUAGUGAUCAGGAACCCAGUUUUGAUAAUAAUGGUGAUGGUGACAACCAUCACAUUUUUAUUGAUGAUGCGUUUGAUGGAGAUACUGAGGAUGUCGAGUAUGAUUCAGAUUAUCUGGGCAGUGUCCACUCGGAUGAUGAAGCACAAAGAGUACCAAAUCGUUCAAGAUAUCCUGAGUUCAACCCAGAGAAAGACAUGAGUGAUCCUCAAUUCUGUCUACACCAAGUGUUCAGGGAUUUCGACACAUUUAAGGAUGCCAUCAAGAAUUACUCCAUCAACAGCAAACAGCCUCUCAAGUUCCAGCAUAGUGACAAGAAAAGAGUUCAGGUUGUUUGUCAAACAGGAUGCCCUUGGAACACAUGGGUAGCUCCAACAGACGACGGAAAGGCUGUUCAAAUAAGGUCAUGUUUUCUGCAUCAUGAAGGUUGUAUCAUGGUGUUCAAGAAUAAGUUCGGGGAUGCUAACUUCAUCGCUAGAAGGUACAUCCAAAGGUUUCAGGCUGAUCCAGAUUGGGGGACUGAAUAUAAUAUUCAAACAGUUGCAGAAGACUAUAACUGGCAUUUUUCAAGAUGGAAAGCAUGGAGAAUCAGGCGGCUUGCAAAGGAAAUUAUAAGAGGCAAUGCUAAAGAACAUUAUCGCAAGUUGCAGGACUAUUGUGGUCAAGUGCGUAGGAUAAGUCCUGGUUCUACAUGCUAUGUGGAAACUUAUGAAGACUCCAAUGUAUUCAAGAGGAUGUAUUGUUGUUUACAACCUUGCAAGGAAUGGGCUGCAUACUGUAGGAAGGUUGUCCUUAUAGAUGGGUGUUUUUUGAAGACAGAGUAUGUGGGACAACUAUUGUCUGCAGUUUCCCUAGAUGGGAAUGAUGGUUGUUUUCCUUUAGCAUAUGCCGCAGUUGGAGUUGAAAAUGGAGACAAUUGGACAUGGUUCUUAAACAAACUAUGUGUAGAUCUUAAUAUAUUUGAAGAUCCUGGUAGCUGGACAUUCAUGUCAGAUAAGCAGAAAGUAAGUGCUUAG